GGGGAGUGGCGGCGGCGGCGGCGGCCUGGGACGGCUGCCUCGGCUCAGCUUGUUCGGCUCGGCUUGCUCGGCUCGGCCCGGCCCGGCCAUGCUGCUGGGCGCCCCGCGGCUCCCGGGCCGCUGCCUGGGGCUGCUGCUCCCGCUCCUUGCGCGCGGGUACCGCGGCGAGGCGGUGGCGGCCGUCGGGUCGCGCCCCGACGCGAGCUCCGCGCUCUACCAGGAGAACUAUGAACGAAUGAAGGCACUGGUAACUGAGCUACAAGAACAAGCAGAAAAAAUCAGGUUAGGAGGUGGGGAAAAAGCUCGUAAGCUUCAUACAUCAAGAGGAAAGCUGUUACCCAGAGAGAGAAUUGACAAGCUUAUUGAUCCUGGAUCUCCAUUUUUGGAGUUCUCCCAGUUCGCUGGUUACCAGUUGUAUGGUAAUGAAGAGGUACCUGCAGGAGGCAUUAUCACAGGCAUUGGACGAGUAUCUGGGACGGAAUGCUUGAUUGUUGCUAAUGAUGCAACUGUCAAAGGUGGUACCUAUUAUCCCAUCACUGUUAAGAAACAUUUACGUGCUCAAGAAAUUGCAAUGCAAAAUCAUCUCCCUUGCCUUUAUUUGGUUGAUUCAGGUGGAGCAAAUUUACCUCGGCAAGCAGAGGUAUUUCCAGAUCGAGAUCAUUUUGGCCGUAUUUUCUAUAAUCAAGCAGUCAUGUCCUCACAAGGAAUUCCACAGAUAGCAGUAGUCAUGGGAUCCUGUACAGCAGGAGGAGCAUACGUACCUGCAAUGGCUGAUGAAAGUAUUAUUGUUGGCAAACAGGGAACAAUAUUCCUGGGAGGGCCACCGCUGGUUAAAGCAGCAACAGGUGAACAGGUAUCAGCAGAGGAUCUUGGAGGGGCAGAUCUUCACUGCAGAAAAUCUGGUGUAACAGAUCAUUAUGCUUUGGAUGACAAUCAUGCACUUCAUCUGGCAAGGAAAGUUGUAAGAAGUUUGAAUCUGCAGAAGAAAGUAGAUGUGACUAUAGAACCAUCAGAAGAACCUUUAUUUCCAGCUGAUGAAAUAUAUGGAAUAGUUGGUGAUCAGCUGAAAAGAAAUUUUGAUGUCAAAGAGGUCAUCGCUAGAAUUGUAGAUGGAAGUAGAUUUGAUGAAUUCAAAGCCUUGUAUGGGGAUACUUUAGUUACAGGAUUUGCAAGAAUUUUCGGUUACCCAGUAGGAAUUAUUGGAAACAAUGGAGUUCUUUUCUCGGAGUCAGCAAAAAAGGGUACACAUUUUAUCCAGUUGUGUUGCCAGAGAAAUAUUCCCAUUGUGUUUUUGCAGAAUAUUACUGGUUUCAUGGUAGGCAGAGAAUAUGAAGCUGGAGGGAUAGCAAAAGAUGGUGCCAAGAUGGUAACUGCUGUAGCUUGUGCCAAUGUACCUAAAAUAACCGUCAUUAUCGGUGGCUCUUACGGAGCUGGAAACUAUGGGAUGUGUGGAAGAGCAUAUAGUCCAAGAUUUUUGUAUAUGUGGCCAAAUGCUCGCAUAUCGGUGAUGGGAGGGGAACAAGCUGCAACUGUUCUAGCUACAAUAGCUAAGGAUCAAAAAGCAAGGGAGGGAAAACAGUUGUCUGAGGCGGAUGAAGCAGCUUUGAAGGAGCCAAUCAUUAGGAGGUUUGAGGAAGAAGGAAACCCUUAUUAUUCCAGUGCAAGCUGGGAAGGGGGAGAGAUGCAGCGGCCCCGUGGGCACCUGGAAUCAAGCAAAGGUCAACCCACCACAGAAAUUCUGAAAAUACUUGAAUUUUUUUCUGGCUUUUUAAUGAUGAAAGAAUAAACACUUGUAUAAUCCUCAUCUGGCAGUUGAAUUAACCUGAAUAGUGUAAAUAAUGAUGUGACAUAAUUCUUGAAGUGCAAGUAUUCUUAAUAGAAUUAGAUAGGUCAUUGACAAAAGGUCAUUCUCCACAUGAACAUUAACAGGCAAAGAGGGCUUUUUUUCUUAAAGGAGAUGAUUAAGUAUGAAGAAUCUAUUUAAAAUAUGUAGGUCGGACAUUCUUCACUUAGCUAAAAUGUAAACAUUGUUCUAGAAGACAAAUUCCAUGGAGUAAUGCAUACCAGUCUAUUGCAUUGAUGAACAGCAUGAAUUGACUCCAUUGUUUUAAGUACAAUUUGGCUCU